CCCAUCCACACUGCCACGCCCAUUCAGCCAUCACGGCUACUAUAGCAACAGCGACAGUCGAAGUUGAGGCUGUGUCAGAGAAAACAGCCGAAACCCUGCACGUGCCUCCAGUAACAAACACUCACAACCACCCAAAGACCCAGACUGAUACCCGGGAUGUGCUCCGUCCUCGGCUGUGACUCGUCGCGUCGCUGUGCGAAGCGGUUCAAGUUACCGGAGGACCCAGAGAAGAGGCUGGAGUGGGUCCAGUUCCUCGCUGCAGCCAACAAGCAGCGUUUUAAAGAGUCGUCCUGGACCGACAUCACCAUAUGUAGCGAGCAUUUUAAAUACGACUGCCUGGUGUAUGUGGCUCCCACCGGCUCCGUCCAGCUGACGCCCGGUGCGGCUCCGUCUGUGUGUCUUCCGCCGAAGUCAGUCACACGUGCGCCGGACUUGGAGAGCUCGACACGUUCGGUGAUUCUGCGCAUUACACCCGAUGCGUGUUCACCGUGCGUGACGAGGGACCACGGAGUAGCUCCUCCAAAAAGUGAAGCCAAAGUGUCUCGACCGCCCCCUGGUGGGUGGCUGCAGUAUGAAGCGGCUUUAAGACGCACACUGAAGUCCGGAGGACUGGAGCCUGAGGAAACCACAGAAGUUACUUCUCAGUGUAAUCAACUUUCAAAACGCACCUACUCUGAAAAAUCAAGACUGACUUCAAUAGGAGUCCUCGUCCCAAGAGGUGUCUCAUGUCCAGCGGAUACCUCAGAUACUCAGGCGCAACCAAAAGCCACACUUCCAAAGAUGAAGGAUAACUUUGCUGUGAAGUUCAGUGCCAGUGUCCCCACAGCUGAAGUUCAACACCGUACAAAGGUAACUUCAGAGGCUGCCCCGACAGAUCACUCAGGAUUCUCUGAGAUUGUUGCUGUCAUUGACCAGGGGGAGAAUGAGGCCAUGAAUGAAACAGCAACAUCGAGUGAUCAGGGCGACGUGGAUUCAGAUGAGGACUGGAAAACAAAUGAUGAGGACACCGAAGAUGAUGAUUUUGAGGAAAUUAUUAGUUAUGGUUUCAGCCCCAUAAACCAUAUGCUCUGCACAGAGUGCGGGAGGUUUUUCGGUAAUCGUUGGCCUCACAUGUGCGAGCACAAAAGGAAGCCCUAUUCGUGCAAUAUUUGUGGCAAGAGAUGUGUCAGUGAGAAUGCCCUAAACAGACAUAACCGAGUCCACAGUGAAAAAUAUGAGCACCGGUGCAAAUACUGCCACAUCACGUUCAAAACAAAGGUGGACAAAAUCACUCACGAGCAGAUCCACGUAACUGAAGGAAAGCCCUAUAAAUGUUCUGAAUGUUCAGAGAGGUUUGCCUCAAAUAAGGAUCGCCAAAUCCACCUGGACAGUCACAGAGACCCCAAGGAUUUAAAAUGCCACAUCUGUGGGAUUGAGUUCCUCUGGUCCCGCUCGGUUGAAAGACACUUGGCUGUGCACACAGGUCUAAAGCCGCAUAAGUGCACAGAGUGCGAGCGCAGCUUCAGUCAGGCGAGUCACCUCAAAUCUCACAUGCGCCUGCACACGGGGGAGAGGCCUUUCAAGUGUCAGCAUUGCAGCAAGUGCUUCAAUCACAAUGUGAGCUUAAAGAGUCACGUCCUGCGCUAUCACACAUCAAGCUCUGGGUUUGACAAGAAUAAUGAAAAGAAAAAAGGAAGAGCAAGGGACAGUAGAGUUGCUCGUGGUAAAUUAAAAAAAAGAGGUGAAGACUCAGAGUGUGACCAUGUAGAGGAAGAACAGGAUACAGAAGAGGAAGUGAAGGAUAGAAUGUAUAGACCGAAAAAGAGAAGUACAGGCAGACCCAUUGGAAGGCCUAAGAGCAGUGCAGCAGCUAAUUUAGUUGUGGCAAUUCAAUUGGAACGUACACGUUCAAACAACAAGGCUCGAAAACUGCAAGUGACGAAGUCACAGAGAACACAAUGCAGCAACGAGGAAAGUGAGAACGAGCCGACUGACAGCGACAUGAACACCAUGGAUUCAGCUGGGGAGGGAGGGAAGAAGAGCAGGGUUGAAAAGAACACAACAAAUAAUUCUGACAAUAACUCUGAUUUCGAGCCAGAAGAACCCGGUGUGACCUCUUCGAUCAGCGGGGUAGGGUCUGGACCUGUCGCCGGGAUGUGCUCCGUCCUCCGCUGCGGUUCGUCGCGUCGCGGUGCGCAGCGGUUCAAGUUGCCGGCGGAUCCAGAGAAGAGGCUGGAGUGGGUCCAGUUCGUGUUCGAGGCGAACGGACAGCGGCUCAAAGAGUCGUCCUGGACCGACAUCACCAUCUGCAGAGAACACUUCACUGAUGACUGCUUCGGUAAAACUAAGAGCGGCUCUGUUCAGCUGAGGAGCAGCGCUGUACCAUCACUGUGCAUCAAGACAGAGCCCGAGGAGGAGGAGGAGCAGGUGGAGGUGAAGCCUGAGUCUGAGGAGCCUGUGGAAAUCUCAGAAUUUGAUUCCCAGUGUGAUCAACAACAAUCCGACAGUUCUGAAGAAUCAAUAUCACCAGACCAUACCACUACUCUUCAUGUGCCAGUUAGCCCGGUGCCAAGCCAAACUCCUGAAGAAGAUUAUGUUCAGAUGCUGAAAAAGGUUAAGAAUGUUGAUAUAAUCAGGGAAAAAGCUUCACUUCUCCAGAUGAAGGGAAAGUAUGUUGUGAAUGAAAACCGUCUCCUCCAGUUGUUUGGCAGUAAGUGCCCUUUAUGUGAUUGUAAUGUUAAGAUGGAGAAGACUAUCCAUGGCGGACUCAUCGUUGUGAAACGGGAGUGCCUCCAGUGUAAAUACAGACACCAGUGGAAAAGCCUGAUCGGUGUCGGUGUCCAAGGAGUUGAAGGUCAACACCUGACAUACGACACAAAACUAAUUUCAGAGUCUGAGGAGAGCGAUCAUAUGAACCAUACGGAGGAAUCGAGUGAUCCGGGUGCUGUGGAUUCAGAUGAGGACUGGAAGCCGGCAGAGGAGCAUUCACUGCCUGCUGAGCUUCAUAGUGGAUCUGAUGAGACUGAAGAUGACAAUGAUGAUGUAAGCAAUUGUUACGUAUUCGCGCCCAACCAUAGCGAGCUCUGCACGGAGUGUGGAAAGUUUUUCAGUAAACGUUGGCCUCACACGUGUGAACACAAAGCAAAGCCCUAUUCCUGCAAUAUUUGUGGCAAGAGAUGUGUCAGUGUGGUUGCUCUAAACCGACAUAGCAGAGUCCACAACGAAAACUAUGAGCAUCGGUGCAAAUACUGCCACAGAACGUUCAAAACAAAGGUGGACAAAAUCACUCACCAGCAGAUUCACGUAACCGAAGGAAAGCCCUAUAAAUGCCCUGACUGUUCUGAGACCUUUGCCUCGAACAAGGAUCGUGAAAUCCACCUGGAGGAUCACAGAGGCCCCAAGCAGUUAACAUGUCCCUUUUGUGGCAUUGAAUUUAACCGUACCCUGUCUAUUCAGAGACACUUAAUGGUUCACACAGGUCAAAAGCCGUUCAAGUGUUCUGAGUGUCAACGCGGCUUCAACCAGGCAAGUCAUCUCAAAUCUCACAUGCGCCUGCACACGGGGGAGAGGCCUUUCAAGUGUCAGCAUUGCGACAAGUGCUUUAAUCACAAUGUGAGCUUAAAGAGUCAUAUCCAGCGUUAUCACACUUCCAAUCCUGUGCAUGAACGAAAGAGGGGCAGAAAGAGCAAAACUGUGAACACUGAAGCAACUGAUUCUCAGGAGAAAGCGGAGGAGAGAUGGGCAGAGCCAGAGCCGGAGGAAGAGCUUGAUGAAAAAGAGCCGUUACAGAAGAAGAGAAAAUUAAAGCCAAGAAGCAAAAGGAGCACAGGUAGACCCAUAGGAAGGCCUAAGAGAAAUUCGGAAGAGAAUUUGGCCCUGGAAGGGGAAAAUCAAGACCUGGGUUCAAACACAGAGACCGGAAAAUCAAAGGCAUGGACGUCAAAGACAACAGAGGGCAGUGAUGAAGAGAGCGAUGACGAGCCGCCUGAAAGCAACAUGUCUUUUGACUCAAAUGAGGAGGAGGAUUUUAGGAGUGAGAAAGUAACAUCAAGCCCAAGCAGAUCAAGAGGAAGCCCCAGAAUGUCUGACCCAGACACUGACUUUGACCCAGAAGAAUCAAAGGAAGAGGAAGAGCAGAUGGAGCAGACGCUUGAACAUUGUAAGGACUCGAAGAGGAAGCGUCUUGCCGGGGUGAGGUAUCACCGGUUUCGAGUGAGCUGUCCCAGCCUCUGCAGGCGGUGGCUGAAGGCGGCGAAUAACCUGAAGUACGGCGGGAACACCGCGGUGGCAGCUCUUAGAAACCUGCGGGUGUGUAGCCUCCAUUUCAGACCGGAGGACUACGAGCGGAACGUGUUGGACCAAACCGUCAAGAACCUGAAGGAAUGCGCCGUCCCGUCCAUUAACCUGGGACUGAAGCCAGGCCCGUCCUGCACAGCCCAGGCCCCGCCCACCCGCCACAGAAACGAACACAGAGGGACCAGGCUAAUACCCGGGAUGUGCUCCGUCCUCCGCUGCGGCUCGUCGCGUCGCGGUGCACAGCGGUUCAAGUUGCCGGAGGAUCCAGAGAAGAGGCUGGAGUGGGUCCAGUUUGUGUUCGAGGUGAACGGACAGCGGCUCAAAGAGUCGUCCUGGACCGACAUCACCAUCUGCAGAGAACACUUCACUGAUGACUGCUUCGGUAAAACUAAGAGCGGCUCUGUUCAGCUGAGGAGCAGCGCUGUGCCAUCACUGCGCGGGACAUCUGAGCCAGGCGACCGUGUGGAGAACCCCCGGUCUGUGGAGCCUGUGGAGACCACAAAAGUCUCUUCCUCCUCUGAAAAAUCAAAACACACCUCAACUGAUGUGGUCACCACCGGAUGUGGACCACAAGAACAAAAGGUUUUGAACAAGGACAAAGCUGCAGCUGUACAGAUGAAAAAAUAUGAUGCAAUGCCAACAGAUAACAUCCCCAGCAGUGCAGACGCCUUUGCGAUUAUCACUUUGAGCGAUGAAGAGACCGUUAAAGACAGCAAUCCCUCGGAUGAAGAGGAGAGUGGUGAUGAAGGUGGGCGGAAUUCAGACAGUGAGUGGAAUCCAUUGGAUGUGAUUUUUCUGGAAGAGGCAUUCCUUCAGGACUCUGAGGAGGAAACCGAAGAUGAAGGCGAAGAGGACGAAGAUUCCCUCAAAAUUAACGAGCUCUGCAAUGAGUGUGGAUGUUUUUUCAACUCUCUGAAGCCUCACACAUGCGAACACAAAAUCAAGCCCUUUUCCUGCAAUAUUUGCGGCAAAAGAUGUGUUUCUGAAGGUGCUCUAAAAAUUCACAGCAGAGUCCACUGUGAAACCUAUGAAAUUCCUUGCAAAUACUGCCACGUUACAUUCAAAAGAAAGGUGGACAAACUUAAACACGAGCAGAUUCACGUGGACAGAAACGAUCCCUACAAAUGUCCUGACUGUCCAAAGAUAUUUCCCACCAGUAAAGCGCGCAGGAUCCACCUGUCAUACCACAGAACGUCAAGGGAGUUCAAAUGUGGAGUUUGUGGGUUUGAAUUUAAGGAUAUACAUCAUCUUCGGAGACAUUCUGUCGUGCACACAGGUUUGAAACCAUACAAAUGUUCGGUGUGCGAACGUGGGUUCAACCAGGCGAGCAACCUCAAAUCCCACAUGCGUGUGCACACGGGGGAGAAGCCAUACAAGUGUCCGCAUUGUGACAAAUCCUUCAAUCACAAUGUGAGCUUGAAGAGUCAUGUCCAGCGUUGCCACUCGUCCAGGUCUGGGCAUGAGCAUAAUAUGUGUAAGAUCAGUGAAAAGGUGAGCAGCGCUAGUGACGCAGAGGACAAUGAUAAUAAGAGAGGUGCUGGUUCUGAGUCUGACAAUGCAGACAAACAAGACCCAGGAGAGACGAGGCAGAAGGACACGACAGGUUUGCCAAAACGUUGUAGGAGCCGCACAGGGAGAUCCAGAGGAAGGCCUAAUUCAAACCCAGAUUUUAACUCUGUUCUUUCAGGGCAAAAUGAAGACCAGUGUUCGAAGACUUCAAAAUCAAAGGGAAAGAAGCUAAAGAAAGGUGUUGCCAGCGAUGAGGAACGUGAGGGGAUGCAAUCGGACAGCGACACAUCCGUCCACUCAGAAGAGGAGCAGGAGCAGAAAGCAGAGAGGACCACGGGGACAGCGAGAAGACGACCAAAAAAGGACGAUGACGGUGAUUUUCACCCAGAAGAAGAAAAUGAAAAUAAAAAGUGUAAGAGUAGCGGUAAGAGGAGGGGUAGAUGAAGGAAGAAGAUAGUGGGCUGAAAUUUCUGUAAAUACACAGAAUCAAUUAAUUAAUUUGAUGUUAGGAGUUCUGAAAAGCAAGGAGACAAGAAGGCCACACAGAACUUGAUCGAUAUAUAGUAGAUAUAUGAAAACAAAACAUCAGAUGAGGGUCAUUCAUUUACACUGUUAUCACUUUACAACAAUAUAAAUACUUUUAGUGUUGCUAAAAGUAGAAGAAAGAUGUAUUAAGUAUUAAGCUCGUCAUGGCAGCUUUUAGCAAUGACACAAACCCUCCUGGGCUCUGGGUGAACGUCAGUUUAAGUUAAAAUAAUUACAAACUCCCUUUGGGAAAUCUGAGUCAGACAAUAAACAAAAUAAAGAAUUUUGUUUUUUUUAAAGCAUACUCUUCGUUCAUAGUCAGCAUUGUGAAAUGAAUACUGACAGAUCAAACUCAAAUAGUUUUAAGGUACAGGCACUGUAAUAAAGUUGGUUGCUAUUUCUUUUUUGUCAGUAUGAAGCUGAAAAACUAAAUGUCAAGAUUUUUCAACCAGUAGUGGAAGGAGAAAAAUGUUUUAGUUCACAAAUCAAUAGUACAGAAUUUUAAUCGCUGGCCUUUGAAUUGGUAGACACAAAAGGAAGGUUUGGUAUUUUCGCUGGAUUGUAAGUUCUGGCACCAAAUUGUAUCCCAUUAAAAAAAGAAUAUCAUACAUUUUGGAUUGAUCUGCUUUUUUCCCAGGAUUCACGUCAGCAUCUUAUCAAAAUCAACUGAGACACUGACCAAGUCGUAGAUGAACCGUU